AUGAAGUUGGCUGACUGGGGCAAUGGUUCUUUCAUGCCAGACAAACUCCCAUUAGUUUGUAGGUGGUUCAAGAGGAUGCAGCGGAAAGGCCAUAAUUUCUUAAAGCUGCUGGAUAACAUCGAGAUUUCGUCUUCCGUCCCUACGGCACCUCAGCAGAGACUUUCACUUUCGUGCCCUUCUAUGCUGACGUCAGUGAUACUGUUGCAGUUCCAGCAGCCGUAUCGCAGAGUGGCCGGUUCCGAAAAGAUUUCCGUUACCUACUCUCCACACCGAGUCAGGCAGCAGUUUGGGCUUGACCAAGGGGUUCCCAGUAGUCCCAACCAUGGUGAUCCCUUUGCACUACACAGGAUCUUUUGGAGCAAUGACCACAUACCAGCCAGUUGUAGGCUCAUCGUUUUAGCGAGCAAGGCGAGGAUUGGUGGCUUCUCCAGAGGCUACCAAGCUUACUGGAACCGUUGCCUCACUUCCUUCCGUGAGUUCCAAUCCUCUCCCGGGGACAGAUUGCCUCAUACAACGGCCCGCCUUGUAGGUUUGGUGUCGGAAAAGAAGGCCAUCCCUCUAAGCAAAAGCGCAAUUUGCCAUUUAUUUCCAAGUCAGGUGAUGUUGUCGGAGAAUUUCCCAAGACAAGUUCAAAGCCCAGGACGCAGAGUUCCCAUAGCUCUGGAAAAACUGUGA